GCGCGGCCCUCUCUAUCUUACCUCUGGCUAUCGUGAUUCCCGUCCAUUUCCAUGUUUGCUCUCAACUCACAGGCUUUUGCUCUGCGAGUGGAAUGAGGACGAGACGAACUUUGCUUGAAGAUGCAGCCCGAGUUCACAGGCCCAAGCCAUGACUGGUGGCAGCGUCCAUCUGACGGCAGUUUGGUUCCGUUGGUGCUCCAGACCGGCGGUAACCCACAGCUUCUGCCCGAAACGUCGAGAUGGAGUCGUCUAGGAUCACCAAUCUCCCGGGUUUCGCCUCUUGUUCGCGUUUCGUAUUGGAUUGGCUCCUCGUUGUUCAUACGCGGCACACGCAAAUAUGACCUCUGCAUUAGGUCAAUUGCCUUCACAGCACUGAAGCUGGUCCUCGCAUUGCCUGUCAUUUGCGUCCUUGUGUUCUGGGCAGGAAACCUAGAAAACUCAUUGCCACAACUUGAUGAUGCUCCGCAUUUUAUCGUCGACUUGCGUUAUGACACUGUUCACGUCCCUCGGUCAACGGAUGAUGGUUCAUCGUCGCAUCCAUACCAACCCGCUCCAGCACAUAUAAACGAUGGAAGUACUGAGGACCAUACAGGAUCAUCUGAACAGCCAUACACAGAUAACAUCGGAUUGGGUCGGGCUCUCCCUCCCUCGGACCGGAGACGAAUUGUUAGUUCGCCAACCUUACUCCGACCGAGGUACCUUUGCUUCGUCAAGGAUUUCGACAAAGGCAUCUACGAAACAGUUAAAGUCUCCGAAUAUCUGGAAAAUCAUGGAGACGAUAUUGACCUGGAGUUCGUGUUUGUCUCAUAUACGCGCAUGCAGUUCAGAGUUGCCACCGAGGUGGAGAUCGACAAGCACGAAUACCCCGAUGAGGCCACCAGAGAGGCCAACAGGGAGAUUGCACGACGAGACAGACGAACGCUGGCCCAAUGGGGCAUCGACGCAGCCAAACGUGUGGGGAAGAGGGCAUUCUGGUUGGACUUCGAAUGCGUCCGCAAUGACGACGGGGUCGCAAGAUCCACGAGCAGCAGCGAGGAUGUCUACCGCAUUUGCGACAUUGUCAGAGCCGCGCACUCCAUGAUCAUUGCAAUUGGGCCAUCCGCUUCCGACAAGGUUGCGGCACACAUCGACGGCCGCGAGACUCCGGGGUACAGACGGGAGGAAGUGACACCCUGGCUACGACAAUGGGGUUCACGUCUGUGGACGCUUCCCGAGCUACUACUCUGCCCCGCCGAGUACCGUAUCAAACUCUACGUUCUCGGCGAUGCCGCAGAGCCAAAGGCAAUAGCCAAACGCAACUUUGCCGAGCGGGCCUGGGACGACGCGGAAGCCGUGAAAGAACUGGUCGACCACUUUGAAGGCUCUGCGAUCCUCGCCGAGCUACGUCUCAUAGAGGCGGCUUUCUCCUGUUUCUCGAGGCGUCAGACAGACCAGUUCAGCCAGGGAGACAUCGCCUACGCCACCAUGGGGCUCUUCCCUAGCCGCCAUAGGCCACCAGUCAACAAAGAAGACUCCGGGUUCCAGGCCUUCGUCAAGCUCUCUCUCGCCAACAACAGCGGUGCUUUCUUGAGCCGGUUGCUUUGCUUGGCCCCUGGACAGGGUGCUCCGUGGCACCGGGUCGAAGACCGCUGGGGCGUCGCACUCAGCGACAUAUACCCAAUCAGUAAAGUCUCUGGCCCAACCGACUCCGAGGCCAUCAUCUUGGAUGGCGUCUACGGUGCGACUAUUCACUGGGAUAAGAUUGACGCCGAGCCCUGGUUUGGACGGAACGCCAAGUUCAUCACCCCUUGGUUAGCGGUUGUCCAGAUUAACGUAUUCAUCGUAUCUGUGACGUUUCUUGUAUCUGUAUACACGGUGGUGAAUAUUAGUGAAUGGAUGAGAUCACACGAUUCGUGGCAGAUGGAGAAGGUUUUUUUCAGACUCUACUCGUGGAUUCUUCCUGGGGUCGGUCUGAUUGCCGGAACAUUGUGCAUAGUGGUUAUCGCUUCGCGGUGUCAGCCCCAACCACCACAUAAGUGCCGCCUUUUCGGGAUGGAAGGAAUUGUGGCUGCGAGCAAAGUGGCAGAAUAUCUCUGGGGCUUCGACCACGGUGAACUGACGACAGUCACAUCUCUGUCAUACAGCGAUACUAGGGAUUCCCGACAGCCUCUCAUGCCAUCUCAGUGCUUUCCCAGACAAGAAGAAAAUGCCUUCACUCUGGUAGACACCAAGAUGAUGACGGUCACGCAUCUCCAUUGCAGCCACCCCCCAGUCGCCAUGCUUGUCUGCGGCUCAGAGAGGGGAGUGCAGAGGUCGUUACUCUGCUCAUACAACUGGAGCACACAAACCUUCCAUCGGCAGGCUGUUCUCAGAGUGGCGCGUCAGGGCCUUGACCAACUGCAUUUGAUUGAUGGAGUUCGAUUUUCGCUGGCGCCUCACCCGGAUGCCAACACCAGCCUGCCCGAAGACGCGAGCAACUCGACCCUGCGGAGCCCAAGGCCACAGUUCGAUAAUGACUUGGAAGUUGGAGCUGGGAAACACGAUUGGAAACUCCAAUCUUCUCAGAGACUCUGCCGCACUUGGAAGACAGAACUGUUGUUUCUGGCCCUGUGCUUCGUGAGUUUGCCGCCCAUCCAAGGGAUAAUAGCUAAGCUCUAGCAGGCUAGUAUCAACACCAUUGGGUCCUAUCAUGAGGUCAGCCGCAUUGGGCUGCUCUCCUACAGCCUUUCCUUCAUCGGAGGUCUGCUGUCAGCCCUCGUACUACUGUGC